UGUGGUUGUAUAUACUGUUUUUUUUGGAGGGGAGCAGUGGUGGAGGUUGACCGAGUGUGCUUUUUUGGAGUGUGUAUGUGUGUGUGUGUGUGUGUUUGUGAGUCAGUAUGCCAUGUCGUCCCCUGGCUCGUCGUUUGUGCAGAUAAAGCAUGAGGACCUGCUCUUCUAUGAAAACUGUGGAGGAGGAAGUUUUGGGAGCGUCUACAGAGCCCUCUGGAUAUCCCAGGACAAGGAAGUGGCUGUGAAGAAGCUUUUGAAAAUUGACAAAGAGGCUGAAAUUCUCAGUGUCCUGAGUCAUAAGAACAUCAUUCAGUUUUAUGGAGCUGUGUUGGAAUCUCCCAACUAUGGCAUUGUCACAGAAUAUGCGAGUGGGGGGUCGCUCUAUGAGUACCUUUCCAGCGAGCAGAGUGAGGAGAUGGACAUGGAGCAGAUUAUGACAUGGGCCAUACAGAUAGCCAAAGGCAUGCAUUACCUCCAUGCAGAAGCUCCAGUUAAAGUCAUUCACAGAGACCUCAAGUCACGAAAUGUGGUAAUGACAGCAGACAAAGUACUAAAGAUUUGCGACUUCGGGGCUUCUAAAUUUCUGUCCCACACCACCCAUAUGACAGUGGUGGGGACUUUUCCAUGGAUGGCUCCGGAGGUCAUCCAGAGCCUGCCUGUGUCUGAAACCUGUGACACCUACUCCUAUGGUGUGGUGCUGUGGGAGAUGCUGACUCGGGAGGUUCCUUUCAAAGGUUUUGAAGGACUGCAGGUUGCGUGGCUGGUGGUGGAAAAACAAGAGAGGCUGACCAUCCCUACCAGCUGUCCAGCAAGUUUUGCAGAGCUGAUGAGGAAAUGUUGGCAAGCAGAUCCAAAGGAGCGUCCACAUUUUAAGCAGGUGCUGGUAACCCUGGAGACAAUGGCCAAUGACAGCAGGCUACCGGACCAGUGUAACUCCUUCUUACAUAACAAGGACCAGUGGAGGUGUGAAAUUGAGUCGACCCUCGAGCGCCUACGAAAACUGGAGAGGGAGCUGUACUCCAAGGAGAAGGAGCUGGAGGAGAGGGAGAGGAGGCUCAGAUUAUGGGAAGAGAGGCUGAUGGAAAGGUCCAACAUGACCCCGAGUCCAACCUCUCUACUCAUGGAGCGCUCAAACAUCUCACCAUUCUUCACGCCCAUGUCCAUCGGUUCAUCCGGCUCCUUCUUCCGCUCACACUCUCAGGACUCCAACAGUGCGGGGGUCAGCAGCGCCGGGGUCAGCUGUCUCCUCCGAACCCUCAGCAACGGAGACACCGAGAGGGGGAGCAGUGUGGGGCUGGAGAGGGGAAUGGGUUCUCUGGACGGUGGGAGGCUCCACGCGAUGCUCCGAGGGCUGCAGGGGAGGUUCGGAGAGGAGGAUGAGGAAGAGGAGGGAACCCUGGAGGAGAAAGGCUGGGGGCAGAGGGACAGAGAGGACAGUGGGAGUUUGGAGGGUGGGAGGGUGCAGGUGACGCUCAGGAGCUUCCCGGGUGGCGUCGUGGAGAGGGAGGAGAGGACGUGGGGGGAUGGGGACCGAGAGAGAGGGGGGAUGCAGAGGAGCAGGGUGACCACCAUAGUCCGAGGCUUCUCAGGUGGGUUCGGAGAGGGGGAGGGGGAGAGGGAGAAAGAGGGUGGAUGGGAGAUAGAAAAACAAGAAGAAAGAGGGAUGGAGGGUGGCAUGGAUGGAGGACGGCUCCCCAGCAUGUUCAAGGGUCUCCAGGGGAGCUUGGGGGGCCUGGGGGACAUGCUGUCCUUAGAUAUGGAUGAGAUGGGUGACAUGGACAGACUAGGCAACAUGGACGUGAAUGUGAACAUGGGGGACAUGGGGGUCAUGAAGGUCGUAGGGCACGGGGUCAGAAGCGAGCUGGGGGUCAGAGGUCGCAGGAGUGACGUGGGAGUUGUAGUCCAGGGAGUGCGCGGUGACCUCAGUGAGGCCAUCAGCCAGAAGAUUAGAGGUGAAAUGGGUGUCAUUGGGCACUCGGGGGUGCAGGUGAGCAUGCGGGCUUCGUCCAAUCAGAACUCUGUGAAAAGCUGCAGUGUGCGACACGGAACCAAAAUUAACAUGGCGACUACAGCCAUGGACAUGAUGGAACUUGAUUGGUCUGACAGUGACUAGAAAAAAAAAAACACACACACACAGAAAACACAUUGAAAAAACAGACAAGAGGCCAAACUACACAGAUUUUGACG